AUGAAUAUUAAUGAUAUCGAUAAUGAAGAUGAAGAUGUUGUCAUAGAAGAUUCACCUUUACACGAAUAUUUAUGUAAAUUAGGUUAUACUGACUUUGAAAGUGUAAAAAUAGAAAGAUUAACACAUAAAAAUGAAAAAAAAAACUCGAAAUUAUUUGAUAUCAUACUCAAAGUAAAAAAUGUUUUUAAACAUUUAUAUGUUAUAUAUUUGGGGAUAAUACAGGAUGAUAAUACAUCUAAUAAACAGAUGAAAAAUAUUUUAAAUGCAAAAAUUCUUUUAAGUGAUCAUAGUUUUGCAAUACAUAGUCUUUUGAAUAAAUAUGAUUAUAAAUCAUGGAGGACUAUAAUAUCAAAAUUUGUUUUAUUUGGUACAAUUUUAUCAUCUUCCAUGUAUACAUUUUAUUAUACUCAGUAUAGAAAAUCUGCUAGUUUAUUUGCAUUAACUGUAUUAUCUUAUAUUAGUUAUAUGGAAUUUUUGAGAAUAAAUACACAUAUAGAUUUAAAAUCUGUUGUGUCUUUACAGAACGAUUGUUUUGAUCUUUGUAAAAAAGGAAUGAAAAUUUUGAAAUAUGGAUAUAAAAUAAAAUUAAACAGAGGAAAAGGUUUCCAACAAUUUUGUGAUCUUACAGCAGGUAGAUUGAAAUAUUUACAACCAAUAAUGGAAAGUUUAGUGAAAUGUAUGGGAGAUAUUUCUUGUAUAUACUAUCAUACUUCUUUAAUUCUUAUAAAAUUGUUACCAAUAAAUAUUUGUAAUGAAGAAUUAUUAACAAAAUUUGAAAGUGAAUCAUUUGAAGUACUUGGUGAAAUAAAUUAUCAAAAAUUAAAGAUUCUAUAUCACACUUAUGUUCUUACACAGUCCGAGACAUUACAUUUAUUAGCUGUUGCAUAUGAUAAUCAUACUUGGCGACAAUCAUAUAAAAAAGUUCCCGAAUUAAAAUUGUCCUAUAUCAUUCAUUUCUUAAUUGUGAAUUUAAGCAUCUACAAAAAAAAAUUCUCUGAAUAUAUUGAUGCUUAUUAUAAUUUUAAAUUGGAACCUGUAUUAUAUCAAUACAAAGGAUCAAAUUCAUCAAAAUGGCAAGAUUUAUAUAUGCAUCUUUAUUUAGCAUCUAAUAAAUUACAAUUGGCCUAUAGUCAUAUAUUAUCAGUACUUCAAGAUAUUGAUAAUGAUGUAAUUGAAAAUAUAACUAACGAAGAUUGUAUGAAAAAUACAGCACAAAAGUUAAAUGCAGCUGAAAAAAGUAUUGAGACUGCAAAAGAUUUUCUUGAAUUUAGCUGUUUAUUUCUUGUAAAAUUCCACAUUAGUGACUCCACGAUUAAUCGAUUACAAACAAAUAUUCCAACAUCAAUUGAAAAUUCCGAUACUCGUAUCGUAGCUGAUUCGGAACCGGAAAUUAUAGAUGAAGUAUUUGAAGAAUAUAUUACAGAAGAAUACCUAAAACCUUUGAGUGAAGGAACCGACGAAAUAUCAUUGUAUAAUUAUAAUCGAGAUAAAAUGCUAUUUAAAAAUUUUAUGACUGAAUUAAAAGAUGCUUUAGCCGAUAAAAAAAAGUCUAUGUCUGAAAGAGAAUCAAAGGCUCUUCAACGGAUGUAUAAAUCUAUAAUAAAAACUGCUUCAAAUGAACAACUUCAUCGAAUUCCCACACCUCCACCAAUGCCCUUAUUUAAUAUUUUUUCCGUAAUACAGAGGGAUAAUAAAGGUUCUAAUAAUGCAACAGAGCUACAAUUAAAUGAAUUGCCUGAAAAAUCCAAUAUUAAUAAAACAAUUAAUGAAAGCAAACAAAAUUCAACAGAAAGAAAUAUAAACGACAAUUUAAUGGGAAAAAUACCACCGACUAUUAAUAUAUCUUUACCAAAAAAUACAGAAUUCUCAUCUUUUUCUUUACCACCAUUUUUAAAAGUGGAAGAAGAAACUUUUAUAGGAAAUGGCGAAAAUUCUGAAGAUGAUGAAGAAACUAAAGUAAAAAGUGAACAGAAAGAAAUUAUAUAA